AUGGCGUCCGCCAUCCCAGCAGCCGAUCUCCGAUCAUUUUCAGAGUACCUGAAGGGACGCAGGCGUGUCCUUGCUCUUCUAGGCGCAGGACUCUCCGCGUCGUCAGGACUGCCUACUUUCCGGGGCGCCGGAGGGCUGUGGAGAACUCACGAUGCAACGGAUCUCGCCACGCCCGAAGCUUUUGAGGCCAACCCAGACCUGGUGUGGCAGUUCUACAGCUAUCGCAGACAUAUGGCGCUGAAAGCGAAGCCGAAUCCGGCUCACUACGCGCUCGCGAAACUCGCCAAGAUGAAUAAGGACUUCAUCACGUUAAGUCAGAAUGUUGAUGGUCUUUCGCAGCGAGCAGACCACCCGUCGCAACAGCUACAUCUCCUUCACGGGUCUCUUUUCACGGUGAAAUGCACCUCGUUCUACUGCAGCUAUUCUCGUGAGAAUGAUUUCACGGACCCUAUUGUCCCGGCCCUGAAAAUCCCCAAGGGUACCCCGGACUUCACCCCUUCCACGGAGGACAAAACGGACGAAUCCGCCUCAAAGGAUUUGUCUGAUUCUCCAGGGAACGAAGAAGCACCGGAAGUAGACAUAUCUGAUGAACGGGUUCCGCUUCCUGCGCUAAGCUUGGAUGUGCUUCCGCACUGUCCCGAGUGUAAAGAUGGCAUUCUUCGGCCUGGAGUUGUGUGGUUUGGCGAAAGCUUACCGUUGCAUACGCUUGAUAAGGUGGAUAGUUGGAUGCGCUCGGGACCUAUUGACCUUAUUCUGGUGGUCGGUACGAGCUCCCAGGUGUACCCUGCUGCGGGAUAUGUCGACAAGGCUCGCGAUCGGGGCGCGAGAGUCGCGGUUGUCAACAUGGAUCCAAAUGAUGUCGGGGCUUCCAGGUUGAAGCCGGGCGAUUGGUUCUUUCAGGGCGAUGCAGGUACCAUUGUCCCGGAAAUACUGAAGGAAGUUAUUGGAGAAAUUUGA